AUGAGUGCUGGUAUACCACCACUUAUUAUGGUUAUUAUAAAAUGUAUUCUAUCACGAACAUUUGAUGCACUUGAUUUUCUUGUUUUUCUUAUAUCGGCUAUUGUUGGACUUAUAACACAUAAUCCAAUUGUACUUUUAUUAGAAAAAUCUAUUAUAACAGGAAUUUUAUCAAUUAUAUUUGGUUUAACAUUAAUCCCAUUACAAUGUUAUCAACACUAUUUACAUAUACGUCCACUUGCUUAUUAUUUUUAUCAAGAUUUAGUACCAAUAAAACGAUAUGAUGUUGGAUUACCUAAUUAUAUAUUUGAAAAUGAACAUGAAUCAAUUAAUGAACAUACAAUAAAAAAAUUAUCUUAUAAAAAAGAAAUUGUUCUAGUUUAUGAAUGGCUUUAUAUACAUUGUUCAUCAUUUCGUUCUACAUGUUAUAUAGUAACAAGUAUUUGGUCAAUAGGAUUUCUGUUAGAAUUUCUUGGUCGACUUACUUUAAUUCUUGUUCGUUUAUCAAUUAAUAAGAUUGUUAUUUAUGAAUAUGUUAUAUUGAGUUCAGUAACAAGUAUAAUGAUUCUAUUAACAAUUAUUUGUAUAGUAAAAGAAAGAAAACAAACAUUAAUAUUUAUUAAACAAUGGAAAAAUGAUCAUUUGAAUGUUCAACAAGAAUAA